GUGGGGCAUAGGGGGAAUCAUGUCUGUCCAAAUACGGAGUAAAGAUAAAGUAGAUGCAGCCGUUUGCCUCUUUUGAUUGGCUGCCUCCUACACGUUGUGGGAGAAACCAGGAAGAGAAACAACUACACAUUGUUACAUGGAGCAGGGCAAUGACAUGAAGAGUCUGAGUCAGUGCAGACAGAGGACCAUCUCGUUGCAAAGUCCCCUGGGAAAGAUCCAAGUCAGCGGAUGUGAAAAUGGUGUGCACACCAUCCAGAUCUUAAUGGAUGUUCCACCUGCAGAAAGGAGUGGCGACACCUCCCUAAGCUGUGUGGUCACUGUUAGCAAUGGCCAAGAGGAAAUGGGCCCAGAGUUGCAGCACUGCGUGGAAUGGCUUCGGGCCUACUUCAGCGAGCCGUGGACCGUGGGGAGGCUCCCACUCCCAGUCUUUCAUCACCCCACCCUGCAUGGAGAUUCCUUCACCAGCCGGGUUCUGCAGACUCUUGUGCGGGACGUGAAGGUGGGAGAGACGGUGUCGUAUAAGCGGCUGGCUGAGAUGGCAGGAAACCCCAGGGCCGUGAGAGCUGUGGGAGGGGCCAUGAGGAGGAACCCGGUGCCUCUUCUCAUCCCCUGCCACCGCGUCAUCUCCAGCAGUGGUCAGAGUGGGAUGUACAUGGGCGGCAAAGGUAACCAUCUCAAACAAUGGCUGCUCACCCACGAGAUGGUCAAAGAGGAAGACUGAAGCACAAUGACGUGAUAUAGUAAGACCAGUGUGGGAUUAUAUUUUACAAAGCAGGGUUGACGUGUUAUCCAGACAACUUCUAUACCCAUUCUGAAACCACUGUACUUCCUGAAGCAGUUAAGAGCUUUCUUUGUGUUAUAUGAGUGAACACCAACUAUUAUUUUUGACUGUUUAUCACAGUAAGCAAGCUAACUCCUUUAUCCUGCUUUGUGAAAUACAACAGUAAGCAAGAUGCGAUGUCAACAAUGAACCACAGCUGAGGAAACCUGUACAUAGUUGCGUGACAUGUGCACAUGGGGCGGCUUCACAGUUGAAAUGUGUGUCAGCUGUGCCUUAUUUUGAAAAUGCUGUCUAUAACCCAAGGGAGAGCUUUCAUGUUUUGAUUUUAUAUCUGCUUCUGUUCUGCUUUGUCCGACUGUCCAGUCUGUGUUCUAAUUGAAUUCAUGUGAAAGAAUAAAGUGGAGGUUUAAGGGUUUGGCGGUGUUAGGGGGGUUAGUGUAGAGGCCUCAGUCUACCCCCCCUAGUUGAACCUCAGUUUUAGAACGGCAGUAACAACGCUUUCUGCAUUCCGGCAGCACAGUGAAAUAGAUUCUAACUAUACUGCAGCGGGACAAGACAGGACAAUCACACCCAUAAAGAACAACUAUGUGUAUGCCAAUACUACUGGUCUUAUGUUCUACUAAUCAUACUGUAUAGUUAAUGUUGGUCUGAAAUUAGAAGGCACUAAAAUAACUUUAACAUUGAACAUUAGGAAUUACAAACAUAUGUUCCCAUGGGUGCCAGUUUGGGUUGCCAGUUAUUGUUGGAAUGGUUUCUCUAAAUAAUUAUUUCCCCAAAAAUAUGUCACUUGAAUCGUUUUCCUCCCUAUGCUAAAUCACUCUUUGUACCUUUCAUUGGUUAUUGUAUUUCCUGCCAAGUGAAUGCUUUGUUCAACAUCCAGGAAAAAGGCUUGAAAUUGUUUGUGAGUCAUUAGUUUUUCUUCAUUUAAGAUUCACCUACAACGACAGUGUUGAAAUGUAUUUUUAUUUUUCAUAAAUACAUUUAAAGUUUCAAAAGCUUCAUCUUGCAUAACCACUCACUUAAUUAUUUUAAAUGUUGUAGUUAUACCGGAACAAACUAGAGAUAUAGUUUGAAAUAGAUGUUAUUGUGUUCAGUUAGCCAUCUCAAAUAUGGCUGAAAUUUGAAGCACCAUUCAGAGAAUAAUAUUAGAGCUUCUUUCUUGUAAAAAUGAUGAUUUCCAUUAGAGGGCAGUGUAGAACGGGAAACAGGCAUACACAUUCAGCUUUCAAUUCUUCAGUUGAACAAUGGGAUCAAUUUCCAAUUUGAUGCCAUUGAGAUAAAUUAAAUAUUUUUCCUGACAGCGAGGUAUAUGAAAGCAGCCUUGUAAAGAGUGCAUGGACAUUUUUCUGUGAGGAUUAGAUUGACAGUCAUUUUAAUCUAUGCAUUAUAUCAUUUCUGCUAUUCUAUUUUUGCAAACCAGUAUCUCACUGACUUUUACUGAUUAAUCAAUGUCUACUGAACUGUAGUACAUUUUGAAGCAUCUUUGAAUGCAUCUCUGCUGUACUGUUGGACUCACUUACAGCACUGUGCCAUCAGAGCACAAUUCCAGCCUCGAUGUUGAAGCAGGCAGGCAGAAGGCUGUAGACCGUCAGAUGAAGAAUGCAUUUCAGUGUGUGGUUUCACACAGGACUAAUGAUGCCUGUGGUGGCUACAGGCUACAGUCAGCCCGUAACCAAGGCUGCUGUGACAGAGCCACCAGGGGAUCAUAUUUAAAAGGAGCACACUCUGAAGUGCACUGUAAGCGCCCUCUUUGCUUGUGGCUAAGUCAAGUCUAUGUAAUAGGCUACACCACACAACAGAGGGAGUAAAAGGUAAACGAUACGUUCUAUGUAUUUAGUCAGAGAGACAGGCUGACAGAUUAGCAGAUGUGUGAGUAGUUUGGCCGAUACAGUUCAGGGAUCAGAGAAAAAUGCGUGAUUCACUUUGAUAACUUAUUAGUAUCAUGCAUGUGCAAGUACUCUGUUUCAGUAUCAUCCUGGCCAUGUGAUUCAAUGGAAUUAUAAUGGAAUUAUGGACACCAUUAAAAGCGGUUGAGACUACUACUUUUAUUAUCCGCUCUGUGAAACCUCAAAUUUUGUCCUAAUAUUUGCUUCUGUGUGCGUGCGUGUGUGUCUGUGUCUGUGUGUGUGUGCAGGCAUGUGUGUGGGGGUAAAGUGGAUGAUAUUGAGUCUGACUUCAUAAAUCACCCAGACACUGAUAAACUCCCCAUACACCCACACACCGCUAAUGGGCAACCCUUAAGGAGUGUGGGUGUCUCGUGCAGCGUUUGAUUCAACAUUUAUUAACGCCCUCACACACACACACGUGCACACACACACACACUCAAAAGAGCUUCUGGAGGCCCGAGGAAAGGGUCGGUGGCAUUCACAUCGUUAUUACAAGGAUGUGACCAAGUCAGGCUGAAUUAAUCAUUGCUGAUACUGUUAAGAUGUAUUUUGGCUUCUGUAACAAUAUUUCACACCAUUCCAUUUCAUAAGUUAUAUGCUGUCUCUAAUGUAACUCCCUACUUCCCAUCUCAUAUCCUGCCAUCCCUCCUCAUAACACAGUAAUUGUCUGCCCCCACAUCAAAUACAGACACUCUGUGCUCCAACCUCACACAGUCGACCAUAGUUACUCCCUAUACUAAUCCAUCACAUACCAGUGUAGUCACAACUCACAUCGGCAAUUUCUAUAAAAGUCCUUCUCUGCUUACCUAUCAUGCAAUAUGUACAUCAGUCCAGCAGCCUCAUUUUACACGGUAGGCUUACACAUACCGUUUGGUUGUGUAUUCUAGUACCUCAACAUGUUAGUAGAACUAGAACCCAGCAAGAGGCAGUAUAAUGCCUUUGAGAUUCCAGAGUAUUACACAUGCAGAUAAGCAUUGACCAACAGACCGAUAUUAUACUGGACUCCACUGCCCUAUCAUGUUCCCUCCCCCUCUGUCAUGAUGCCUCUCCGAGGCCCUGACACCAAGGCACCAUGCAGCCAGACCAGCUUCCACAGCUGCUGCUCCAGCAGUCUAAUACACUGCGGAUGUAGCUAGGCAGGGGCAAGGCCAUGCAGAUGUGGUCUGAGUUUGGCAGUGGACACAUUGUAUCAUCUGCAAUGUCACACAUAAUGUUAACCCUUACGGAAAAACCACAUGAUUGCACAUGUGAAAAUGUCCAUGUUUUGCUUCACAUGUGAAAUCAUGUGAUGAUAUUUCAUGAGAUUUCACAGGUGAUGCCCUCUGCAAACCAAAAUAAGUUGUUAAGAUGUCAUGCAGUUGCAGUGUUUUCAACAUGUUGUGCAUGUUAAUUCACUCAGUUUUUAUUAUUCAACAUGUCCUUAUCUGGGAUUUGAACUCAGAACCUCGUGGUUCAUAGUAUCCCGAUCUUCCUGCUACGCCACCAUGUCUGCGUCAAUAACUGAUUUCACCUGUAUUCCUACACGUUGGACUUUAAAGUAAACCUCAGCUUUGUUAAAAAAAUACACAAGAAAAACUGUUAUAUUUAUCAUAGUGAUUCAGGAGUAACAUUAAAACAAAACAAUAUGCCCUAACAACAUUA